AUGUCGACUCGUUUCGUACCCACCUUUAAAUCACCCAGCUCUGAUGUGGUCAAAAGAUUCGUAGAUAAAGUGGCAUCGAUCGAUAAGCUGCUGGUCCUCACCGGAGCAGGAAUGUCGACUGAAUCAGGCAUCCCUGACUAUCGAUCUGAAAAAGUGGGUCUUUAUGAAAGAUCAAAUCAUCGUCCUAUAACAAUUCAGGAGUUUCUGGCUACUGAAUCAGCUAGGAAAAGGUACUGGUCUCGCAACUUUUUAGCUUGGCCGAAUUUCUCUCGAGCUAGAUGUAAUGCAGCUCACCGUGCAAUCGCUUCCUGGGAACGUUCCAGUAAGUUUGUGUGGCUCGUUACGCAAAAUGUGGACGGCCUUCAUACUCAGGCUGGAUCCGAAAUGGUCUCCGAGUUACACGGUUGUGGGCAUCGCGUAAGAUGUAUGAAUUGUGGUGACUUGACGAGUAGACAAUCUCUUCAACCAAUCAUGGAAGAGCUGAACAGUGAAUGGAUGAAAGAGAACGUAGCCGGUGAAAUCGCUCCAGAUGGUGAUGUAGAAUUAGCGGAUGGUGCACACGAGUCAUUUGUUCUACCAACUUGUCAAAAAUGCGGUGGAAUGUUGAAAACGGAUGUUGUGUUCUUCGGUGAUAAUAUCCCCCGUGAUGUGUUCGACGUCUGCUUCGAAAAAUUUGAAGAGUCCAACGGGUUGCUUGUUUUGGGUUCUUCUCUCAUGGUUAUGUCUGGAUACCGUUUCGCUUGGUAUGCUAAGCUCGAAGGAAAACCUGUGUAUAUUGUGAAUAUUGGCCCUACGCGAGCCGAUAGCUUUGCAGACAUGAGAAUUAGCGCACCAGUCACAGAAAUAGUUACCAAGAUGUAG